AUGAAGGACCUUGGUUCACUUCGCUACUUCCUUGGCUUAGAAGUUUCCCCUACCUCUGAUGGCUACUCCUUGACCCAAGUCAAAUAUGCCUCUGAUCUUCUCACACGUGCUGGUCUCACCGAUUGUAAGAUCACUGAUAGUCUGCUGGAACCCAAUAUCAAACUCCGUCCUACUGAUGGGGAGCUCUUUCUCGAUGCCACUCGUUACCGACAGCUUAGCAAAAAGCAGAUUGUUGUUGCUCACUCUAGCACUAAGGCUAAAUAUCGGGCCCUCACUGAUACUACUUUUGAGCUUCUUUGGUUUCGUUGGCUUCUCCAAGAUAUAGGAGUUCCUCAGCCCUCGAGCACUCCGCUUUAUUGUGACAAUCAUAGUGCUAUCCAGAUCGCUCACAACAAUGUCUUCCAUGAACGCACCAAACAUAUCGAGAUCAACUGUUAUUUUUGUGCGUCAUCAUCUUCAGGACGGGACACUUCACCUUUUGUCGGUUCCUUCGGCUGA